AUGUUAAAAAGAAUUAACAAUUCUAAAUUGACAAUAGGAUUCAAAUAAAUAGCUUCUAUGAUCAAUCAUUCUACUAAUUUUCAAUCAUAUAUACCUGAUGACUCUGAUAAACUUAAUGAUUCCUCACUAUCACUUAGUGCCUAUGAACCAAGCCAAGUGGAUAUAAAUGAAUAAGUUGAAUAAAUUGAUGAUAUUCCUGCUGCAUAAAAGAGUAGAAUAUAGCAAUAAGCUGAUCUAUAUCUAAAUUAAAUCAAAAAUUACUUUGGCUCUUAAAAACUACCUCUCAUCAAAUUAGAUAGAAAAGGUUUACUCUAAAAAUAUCAAUGUGUGACUAAUCUAACAGAUUCUCUUUUAGCUUAUUAUUCAAAUCUAGAAAAGAGUUUCGAACUUUAGAAUUAAGCUUCUAUAUUAAGUAAAUUAGCCAAAAAAGAAUCUUUAUCAAUUUUAGAUCAAAUUGAUACAUCUUAAUAACAUAAAAUCUUAUUUUAAGAAUUAAAUAAUGAAUAAUAAUUAUUACUUAAUUCAUUUAUAUAAAUUCAAGGUAGAAAUAUUAUAGUACCUAAUUGGAAUAAUAUAAAAUUGUAAAUUAAAUAACUUAAUUAAAUAUUCUAAUAAUAACGAUAUUAAAUUCUUAAAGUAGCAUAACCUCAAAUACAAUCUAUUUAGAAAACUUAUCUUGAUGAAUAUAAAAAUAUCAAGAAAUUAAAAAAUUAAACCCAAUCUUAAUAUGAUGAAGUCUUUCGUAAAAAUUAAAAUUAUGAAGGAUAAAAAUAAUUAAUUGAAAAAGAUUUAGAAUCCAAUAAUUUUCAAUAUAGGGAAUUAAAAAAGAAUAAAACAAAUCCUGAAAAAUUAAUUAAAAUGGAAAUGUCUAUAAAAUUAUCCACAUAAUAAUUAUCUACAAUUUAACAUAAAUUAUAGAGUUCUAAGUAUGAACUUAAAGAAUUACAAGUAGCAAUUACUAAAACAAAUUAAUAAUUAAAUGAAUUUAAAGAUAAUUGGGAUAGAUAAUUUAUUGUAAUGUAUCAAACAGUAAUUCGAUCACUUUUAUAAACUCAUUAUGAUAAUUAUGAACAAUAUAUGAAGUCAUUUAAAAAUAUAUUAAAAUUAUAGAAUUUAUAAACUGAUUCACAUUUGAAUUAGAGUUAAAUAAAUGCUCCUACUUAAAUAAUAUAUCGAUAAUCAAGAACUGUAUCAUUAGAUGAAAUAGAUCCUCCUAGAUUAAUGAGGAAUGAAAAAGAAGAACUUUAAGAAUUAAUAAAAAAAUUUAAAAUUUAUGAAGAUCAAAUUCAAUAAUUUGAAAAGUAUGAUGGAGAAUGUUUAGAUUUUUUUAUAGAAAUUGGAGAAGUAAUUAAGAAAAUAACAUCAGAUGAAAUUAAAAUACAAUUAAUUUAAUUAAAAGAUAUUUGGAUAACUGAUUUAUUUAUAAAAAGUUUUCCUAAAGAUAGAUUAUUUUAUUAAAAUUUAUUUGCUCAAAUUAAAAUGAUUACAAAUAAUUUUAUUGAAGAUAGAACUAAAUUAUAUAAAGAAUAUAAAGAUACUUAAGUAUCUGUUAAAGAGAGGAUUAAUAAUAUUACCUAUUUAUUCAAUUGCAUUUUGAAGGAUUCUGAAAAAUUUAAUUCUAUUAAAGUGGAUGGAUUCACAGAUUAUUAAAGAAUGAAAUAAUAAUUUAAAUAAAAUUAUAAUUAAUAUCAAUAGGAAGCAGAAUAAUUAAAAAAAAAACUAAAUUAAUAUGAAAAUAAGUAUAAACACUAUAUUGAUUAACAUUUUGAAAUAAUUUCCAAAACUAAAUUUCAAUUUAUUUUAUCUUUUGCCACUCUUUCAAAGUGUGUUGUUAAUCAUACAAUGAAAAUGAUUGAUGAAUGUAAUAAUUAUCUAAAAUAUUCUUAGUUGAUUAAAUUUAUUAAUAAUAAGAUUAAAUAGUCAAAAGUCUUCUUGAUAAUUAAGCUAACAUAUCAUUCACUCCUAAAGAUAUCCAAAUCAAUUAAACUUAAAGUUUAAUCCAUAAUAAUACAACAACUAUUCCAAAAACUAGCUCUAGAUCUAAUAGUUAACUAACUAAGUAACCUAAUGAUACAGUAAAUUCAAUGAAAGAGACAUUUGUACUAAAAUAAUUAAUAAGAGUAUUAUUUCUAUAAUGGACUAAAUCAAUCUAUUUUAGAUAGAAAUUUAUGACUGAAUUAUACAGAUCUUUGAAUAAAAAGAGACCCUCCUAAUUAGAUGAAAUAUAUGUAACAUUUAUAGACAUAGGAGGAGAACCUCCAGAGGUUUUGUAAUUUAUUCCAUAAAAAAAUACUGAUUCUUGUAUUUUUGAUUUAGAAUUAUCAUUUAGAGGUUUCUUCUAUAUGGAAUUAGAAACCUUUGUUACAAUAAGUUGGGCUAAAAAGCAUUUACCUGUUAAUAUUAAAGUUAAAAUAACAUCUUUAAAUGGUCGAUUAAGAUUAUGUUAUACACCCAAUUUUAUUGGCCGUAGUUGGGUUUCAUUUGUAGGAGAACCUUCUAUGAAUAUUAGUAUUGAACCUACUAUAUCUAAAUAUAACAUAUCUGUUGCAAAUGAUAUAAUAAAAGAAUUUCUUAUUUAUAAAAUAAAGAUGUUAACCUAUCCAAAUAGAGAAACAAUCACAGUCCCAUUAGCUGAAUUUGAAACAGAAAUACCUUAAAGUGCCCUUGACAAAAUUAAGUAAUUUGUUGAUAAAAUGAAAUAAUGA